GGUCCACGGGCUGAGCCGCUCGUAGGCCUUCACCCGCAGUCUGGUGACCGCCGCGCCGGGAGCCUGCGCUAACUCCAGGGGCACGGUGGUGCGAAUCACACCGUCGGCUGGGCGGGGCAGGGGCGGGGAAUGCUGCCUUUAGACCCGCCCCCAGCCCCGCCCUGAACCCGCACCGCGCCGGCGUCUGCCUGGGCUUCAGCCCCGUUUCUCAGGAGGGCGAGGAAGUAGUGCGGAUCACUGUGGACCAGCCUCGGAGGCAUCCCUCACCGCUCCCCACUAUGCCCCUCACCACGUCCGAUGGAGAAGAGCUGGCAGGGCACCGGGGAGAGGAUUUCGUAGCGGCAGGGGAGCCUUACAGGAAGGAAAUCUGGCUGGAGGGAACAGGCAAAACUUUCACUUUGAGCGUCCCAAGGCAGCUUUGAUUUUGUCCAAAAGUCACUAAAAUCUGAAGCUGGAAGACCUGCAGUGCACACAGAACACUGUGUGGCCGGGACACGGGCUCACCCCCCAUGUCUGGCCCCAUUCCAACACCCCCCAAACCUGGCCCAGGUGUUUGGCUCAGCCAUGGACUCAGGGCCUCAGAUGCCUUGGAAGAGGACUCAGUCGGCUGUGUGGAAGAGGAGGAAGCUGAGGUGACAGGAGACAAGAGUAUUGCCUUGGGAAGCCCAAGGGAGCAUGCCCUGGACUGGGACUCUGGCUUCUCUGAGGUGUCAGGCAGCACAUGGAGAGAGGACGAGCUGCCUGUACUCCAGCACCCAGCACCCCCAGCAUGGGCUCCCCAUAGACAGCGUCUCUCGGCCAGUGGCAUUCCCCUGCCCAGCAGGGGCCCUGUGGCCAGGGCACCACCUGCCCACCGACCACGGCCCAAGUCUACCCCAGAUGCCUGCCUGGAGCACUGGCAGGGCCUGGAAGCUGAGGACUGGACAGCAGCCCUGCUGAACAGAGGUCGAAGUCGCCAGCCCCUAGUGUUGGGCGACAACUGCUUUGCUGACUUGGUGCACAACUGGAUGGAGCUACCAGAAGCAGCAGGUGAGGGAGACAAUAGUGGUGGGCCCCGUGCCCGUGCUCGGCCCCCUCAGUUCCUGCUUGGGCUCUCUGAGCAGCUGCGGCGCCAGUUGGCCAGGGCACGCCGGGCGGCUAUGGCAGGAAAGCGACUGUCGUGCCCACCUCGCCCAGAACCCGAACUGCCUGCAGAUGCCUCAAGAUUUGCAGCCCUCAUGAGCUGCCGCAGCCGCCAACCCAUCAUCUGCAAUGAUGUCAGCUACCUCUGACCUUGCCCUCCAGUCUGGGACAAUAAAGGCCUUUCUCUGGUCUA